CCGGCGUGAAGUUGCGCGCGAUUUGUGGCGCGAAGCGAGUCUAGUAUACCGCAACACGAUUUCGGGGAGGUAUCACACACGGUGGAGCGUACGAUCGGCGUGGGAACACGAGUGUCGAUGGUGAGGAAGCGUGGCUGAGAGAAUUCCAGGAAGAUCCAGCGAUCGCUGACGAACAGGACGUGUACAGUCGAGCAUGACGACCGAUGAGGAAUCGCCAAGCGCUGGCCUUUUGGAGAGGCUGGCUCCCAGCGGAGGUCGCGAAAACGCCUCCGCCGCCGUCGAUCAUGUCGACGGCCACAAGCUCCGAGCCGCGACCGACAGCUUCUCCAGCAUUAACGAGAGACCGGUCGAUGAUAUCUCCAUCGAGUUCUUCUACAAACCGCACACGAUUACCUUGCUGCUCAUCUCCAUCGGCGCGGUCAUAUACUCAGCCUUCACCAGAAAUACCACGAAUGUGGAGGAAAACAUAUGGGCGGGUAUGCUGUGCAUUAUGUUCUUCUUCCUCAUCAUAUCCGUCCUGACGUUUCCCAACGGUCCGUUCACCAGGCCUCAUCCAGUGGUGUGGCGGAUAGUGUUCGGUUGCAGCGUGCUCUACCUAAUGGGUCUGCUGUUCAUGUUAUUCCAAAACUACGAGACGGUCAAGAGGAUCCUGGUGUGGAUGGAUCCUAGUCUCGCGUCCUUCCAUAUUGACAUGGACAAAGAGUACGGUGUUAACUGUUCGGACGUCACGCUGGAAAAGAUCUGGAAUCAUCUGGACGUGUUCGCGCUCGCUCACUUCCUCGGCUGGGCCUUCAAAGCCAUUCUAAUCCGUCACCUCGGUAUAUUAUGGGCCAUUAGUGUUAUGUGGGAGGUGACGGAGAUCGCCUUCGCUCACUUGCUGCCAAAUUUCGUCGAGUGUUGGUGGGACGCACUGAUCUUGGACGUCCUGGUGUGCAACGGAUUGGGCAUUUGGGUCGGCCUCAAGAUCUGCUCCAUUUUGGAGAUGAGAGAGUACCGAUGGGUCAGCAUCCGCGACAUCGAGAGCACCACCGGCAAGUUGAAAAGGGCGAUGCUGCAGUUCACUCCUGGUAGCUGGACAUCGGUCAGGUGGUUGGAUCCGACCUGCACCCACAUGCGACUGGUCGCAUUGUGCCAGUUGGUGAUAUUCUGGCAGGUCUCCGAGCUGAAUACCUUCUUCUUGAAGCACGUCUACGAGUUCCCACCGUCUCAUCCAUUCGUCGUGGCCAGACUGGUGUUGAUCGGCGUCAUAGUCGCGCCGUCGGUUAGGCAAUAUUACAUGUACGUGACCGACCCGACGUGCAGUCGGGUGGGAACUCAGUGCUGGGUCUAUGGGGCGAUCAUGGUGACCGAAGCCUUGCUGUGUAUACGUCAUGGUGCGGCUCUGUUCGAACGUACCCAAGCCCUCAAUAUUCUCCUGUGGCUUCUCUGCCAAUCGUUAGUCUCGGUUCUCUGCGUGUACGGCUGCGUCUUGUGGCAUCAGUACUUGGAGACGGGAAAGAAAACCACUAUAAAACGGUCGGUGUCCCAUCUGGGUAAGUUUGGCACGGAUGUAACGUCUAGCAAUGUGGAUAUGGCUCGCCGCACGAGAUCUGUGGAAGCAUUGGACAAGAAAGACCUCUGAGAGGCGAACGAAGAAGACUACCGAACUGAAGAAGACGAUGAUGAACUAUAUAACUAAUGAAACUUUCUAGUCGCAUAGGAGAAUUGCGUGUAGGAAUUCGUAGGAUUCCGAGGAGUGACGAUGCGAUGCAUGCGUGCGUGCGUGAACUGAUUACUCGUCGCGUGCCGUGAUGUGAAUCUCCCUAAAGCUGUUGUUACUUCGUUCCUGAGAAUAAAUAGUGAAUAUUGUUACCACUUACAAAUCAGCCCGCGGACGUCCCGAUUUUGACCGCUCGAUCGCGCGCGAAUCGAGCGUCGCCCAACCCCCGUGUCUCGAGAAUGUUCCAAAAGUAAUUCUGUAAUCCAUUGUCAUUCGUAUUGUUAUCAUAAUCAUAUAUUGACUUAUUAAGAUAAAAAUACCAGUAUCCGGACGCGUAUCUAAGUGGACAUUCUUGUUGGGUCUUUAAAUACGAAUGAUCUUUACGUAAAUUUUUAAACGUAAAAUAUUUGUACAUAUUCAGUAUAUAGGAUGGUUUUUAAAAGUCUGGAAACUUAAAUGGAUACCUCCAUUUUUUAUUAUAAAUUUCGACAACUGAUGUCGUGACUUCUUCAAAACAAUAUGAUAAUUAUCCAAUUCAGGGCUUUAGUUCA